AUGGCUUCACAAGCUAAUUCUCACGCUAAUAAAUUAUUACUAUUAGCACUAUCAUCAAUUUAUUUAUAUCAAUCAAAUGCUAAUUCGGCUUCUGCUUUAACUCCACAAAAGCCAAUAAUAGUUCUUGUGACAAAAUCACCUCCUCAAUCUAAAUAUAUUAUUCUAUCAAUUGUUAAUACUGGACCAUUACCACAACGCGUCUGGAUAUCUUUAGAUAGAUUUUCAAGAACUGUAGUUCAUUAUCGAACUAUGUGA